GCGCAGCGUCAGCCCCGCGCAGCUGACGUGUCGCAGCGCCGAGUGCGGAAGCGGCGGCGGGACCGGGCCGAGCGGGGGCCGGCGGGGCGGCGGAGCGGGGCCGCCAUGCCGCUGAAGGCGGUCAUCCUCAUCGGCGGCCCGCAGAAGGGGACCCGGUUCCGGCCACUGUCCUUCGAGGUGCCCAAGCCGCUGUUCCCCGUGGCCGGGGUGCCCAUGGUGCAGCACCACAUCGAGGCCUGCGCCAAGGUGCCCGGCAUGAAGGAGAUCCUGCUGAUGGGCUUCUACCAGCCCCACGAGGCCCUCAGCCGCUUCCUGGUGUCGGCGCAGCAGGAGUUCAAGAUCCCCAUCAGGUAUCUCCAGGAGUAUGCGGCACUGGGCACUGGUGGUGGAAUCUAUCACUUUCGAGACCAGAUCCUCUCAGGUGGUGCUGAGGCCUUCUUUGUCCUCAACGCAGACGUGUGCUCAGAGUUCCCCUUGCAGGAGAUGCUGGAGUUCUGGCAGCGGCACGGGGAUGCGCAGAGCUUUGUCAUUCUGGGUACCACAGCCAACAGGACGCAGGCACUGAAUUAUGGCUGUAUCGUGGCGAAUGUGGACACGCAGGAGGUCCAGCACUACGUGGAGAAGCCCAGCACGUUUGUCAGUGAGAUCAUUAACUGUGGCAUCUACCUGUUCACACCUGCCAUCUUCCAGCACAUUGGCGAGGUCUUCCAGAGGAACCAGCAGGAGCUAGUGCUAGAGGAGAGCUCCAAUGGCUGGCAGCGUGCAGAAGUGAUCCGGCUAGAGCAGGAUGUUUUCACAGCACUGGCUGGGAGCGGCAAACUCUACGUCUACAAAACCGAUGGCUUCUGGAGCCAGAUCAAGUCAGCUGGCUCUGCUAUUUAUGCCAGUCGUCUUUACCUGAACCAGUACAGUAAAAGCCACCCAGAGAGGCUGGCCCAGAACAAACCUGGAGGCCCUAUCAUCCAAGGGAAUGUGUACAUCCACCCGACGGCCUCCAUCGACAGCACUGCAGUGCUGGGCCCCAAUGUCUCCAUUGGGGAGGGGGUGACAGUGGGAGCUGGUGUACGUGUGCGAGAGUCCAUUGUCCUGCACGGUGCCUCACUUCACGACCACACUUGCGUCCUCAAUACCAUUGUGGGCUGGGACAGCACUAUCGGGCGCUGGGCCCGGGUUGAAGGAACACCCAGUGACCCCAACCCCAACGAUCCCUAUGCCAAGAUUGACAGCGAGACCCUUUUUCGGGAUGGGCGCCUCACACCAUCCAUCACAAUCCUGGGCUGCAGCGUCACCAUCCCUGCUGAGGUUGUUAUUCUCAAUUCCAUCGUCCUUCCUCACAAGGAGCUGAGCCGCAGCUACAAAAACCAGAUUAUCCUGUGAUCAUCAGGUUAAUCCUGCACCAGCCACCCACAGCAAAAGCCCAGGCUGAGGCUUCGUCUCCUGGGAGGUUUGCAGUUAGGGUUAGGUGCAAUCCAGGAGCCCUGCAAGUGCCUGACUCCUACUCCAGACUGACAUUAAAGCUGGUGAGCAUCAGCCUCGUGUGCUGCUUCUCUUGCAGCCCAGGGACCGACCCUGGGGCAGGGUGAAGGCUUCAGGGACAGCAUAUGGCCCUGGCAUCAGCCUGUGUGCCUGCGCAGGGAGCCCUGAACUGAGGCUGUUGAGGGAGCACUUGCUGCCUGCAGCACCUUGGGUCCAGCUUCGAGUGUUUCUCCACCAAAGGGUGCUACCAGCACAGUCUUGGAACCUCUAGCCAGGUUCUCCCUGCAUCACUUGCUUUCUGCAACUCCCUGGAAGGUAUUGGCCCACCUCAGAGGCCAGGGAGCUUUGAAUCGGCCUAUCCUGCACAGGCAGCUCACCCUGCAGGAGCUGGUUGUGAGGAUCCCUAUUUCAGCAGCGUGAUUGCAACAGCCUGAGCUGGGCUUCUGCCUGCUGCUGGGAAAACAGGGCAGCACCAGCCUGUCCUAAGGGCACUGGCACAAGAGCCAGGUUGGACAGGCAAGCUGCUGGCCCUGGAGGGAGCUGCAAAACCACACCUUCCCCCAGCAUCACCUCUGCCCCUAAGGGCUCACAGUACAGGGGAGCUGCCAGCCAGCCUUGUUGAGCCUGCUGCAGUCAGGCCAAGACCUGCACAGGGUGCCUAGGCAGGGCUCAGGGUGACGGCAGCAGGCCCCUGCCACGCUGGUGGGCCAACAGCCUUCUCUUCACCAGCAUGGGUGUAGCUUGGGUGGUAUGCUGCAUGUCUCCCCUUGCACCAGCCACAUCCACAGGGCACCAGAGCAAUCAACUUACACAUGUAAGAGACCUACUAUCUUGCUCAGUCUCAAAAAAAAACCCCUUUUUAUUGAAGGCUGCUCCUUGCUGAUACUGCCACAGUCUAUGGUAACCAACACUGGCCUUUAUCCGCUUACCUCCCCAUCUUUGCCUCUGGUUUUGGAGCUCUGCGCUAAAGCCCUGCGGUCCACCGAGGGCCCCACCACUCCUUUCACCUUCAGUGAGGCACCGCAUUAGGGAUUCUCCAUGCAUCCAGUACCACCCCAGCCUGAUGGAUUUGCAGUAAAUCCUUGCUCCUAGCCUUGUGCCUUCCUGUGCCAGUUCUUCUGUGGUCCUGGGCGGGGAUUAGCUGUUCCCUGGCUUUAAGCACAUUAAACUCCUUCAGUUUUGCCUCUGC